AUGCAAAUAUUGCUCCAGCACACACCGAUGGCUGUACUUAAGGACCUCAGCAUGAACAGCAUGGGCAUCCGCGACGCGUCCUCUCAUACAGAAGUUAAAGAGAAGAAAUCUUCGAACUCCUCACUGAUGCUCAUGAAUCCGGUAGCCAGCGGGGAUAACAUGGCGGUGGACCUGGCGCAGAAGAAGGAAGAAUUACCACCACUCAUACCCUGCUGUGAGGGGAGAGAACUUCAAAUAAAUGAGGAAAUAGUUCGCAGUGGUCUCUCGGCAAUAUCUGUGAAACACGACAGCGUGAUACAUUGCAUGAGCAUGUCCUGUGCUUGCGAGAGAAUGCAGGUUCCACCUGGAUUAGUUAAGCACCGUAAUUCGUUCAGAAGCUUGCAUCGACCGGAUCUGAAGCGAGUACCAUACCUUCGCCGGAUGACACCAGAUGAACUGGAGACACUAUUCCGCGGUUAUGCUGAGUUCCAUUUGAAGUCUAACUCGAAGAACGAUACUAAGGAUUGCGCAAGAAUAUUGCCUUCGGGUAACACGAAAGACAUGCGAGAUAAAGAACGACAAGACGAUGCCAUCCUACGUCCUAUACUGGAAACAUCAGGAACAGAAGAUGUGCCAGCUGGCAUGAGACUGCAUGGAGCAAGGGCCAGGCUUUACACCUCCGUUUUAGCUGGUGGAAAGGCUGGAGAUCAGCUAGACACUGCAUCUGCAAACGAAGACUACGAUCAAGCAAUACCCGAUGACACCCUCCAAGAAGACGAAAUCCAACUUAACGAGGAACUUCAAAUAAUCUUGCCGCCCCGGUGCGAUGACGUCACCGCGGAAUCUUCUAUUACGGCUCGAGUGAAUUGA